GCUCUGGCCUGAGGGGUUGGUGCCGGGACUCGCGGGACUCGCGGCAGUUUAGGCAGCAGAGCUGACCCAGCAAGCGUUGGCUGCGGUUAUGACGCCUGAGGACCAGGAGGAGACCCAGCCGCUCCUGCGGCCCCCGGGCGGCAGCGCUCCCCGCAGCCGCCGCGUCUUCCUCGCCGCCUUCGCCGCCGCCCUGGGCCCGCUCAGCUUCGGCUUCGCGCUCGGCUACAGCUCCCCGGCCAUUCCGAGCCUGCGGCGCGCCGCGCCCCCGGCCCCGCGCCUCGAUGCCGCCGCCGCCUCCUGGUUCGGGGCCAUCGUGACCCUGGGCGCCGCGGCGGGGGGCGUGCUGGGCGGCUGGCUCGUAGACCUCGCCGGGCGCAAGCUGAGCCUCCUGCUCUGCACCGUACCCUUCGUGACCGGCUUUGCCGUCAUCACCGCGGCUCAGAACGUGUGGAUGCUGCUCGGAGGCCGCCUCCUCACGGGCCUGGCCUGCGGCAUUGCCUCGCUAGUGGCUCCGGUCUAUAUCUCCGAAAUUGCCUACCCCGAAGUGCGGGGGCUGCUCGGCUCCUGUGUGCAGCUGAUGGUGGUCAUAGGCAUCCUCCUAGCCUACCUGGCAGGCUGGGUCCUCGAGUGGCGCUGGCUGGCCGUGCUGGGCUGUGUGCCCCCCUCCUUCAUGCUGCUGCUCAUGUGCUGCAUGCCCGAGACCCCUCGCUUCUUGCUGACUAAGCACAAGCACCAGGAAGCCAUGGCCGCCAUGCAGUUCCUGUGGGGCUCCGAGCAGGGCUGGGAAGAGCCCCCUGUCAGGGCUGAGCACCAGGGCUUCCGCCUGGUGCAGCUGCAGCGUCCUGGCAUCUACAAGCCCUUCAUCAUUGGCAUUUCGCUGAUGGCCUUCCAGCAGCUGUCAGGCAUCAACGCUGUCAUGUUCUAUGCAGAGAGCAUCUUUCAGGAGGCCAAGUUCAAGGACAGCAGCCUGGCCUCGGUCGUCGUGGGCGUCAUCCAGGUGCUGUUCACGGCCAUAGCAGCCCUCGUCAUGGACAGGGCGGGGCGGAGGCUGCUCCUGGCCUUGUCAGGUGUGGUCAUGGUGUUCAGCACCAGUGCCUUUGGCGCCUACUUCAAGCUGACCCAGGAUGGCCCCAGCAACUCCUCACACGUGGAACUCUGGACGCCCAUCUCCAUGGAGCCCACCGAUGCCAGCAUGGGGCUGGCCUGGCUGGCGGUGGGCAGCAUGUGCCUCUUCAUCGCUGGCUUCGCUGUGGGCUGGGGGCCCAUUCCCUGGCUCCUCAUGUCUGAGAUCUUCCCUCUGCACGUCAAGGGCGUGGCCACCGGUGUCUGCGUCCUCACCAACUGGCUCAUGGCCUUCCUGGUGACAAAAGAGUUCAGCAGCCUCAUGGAGGUGCUCAGGCCCUACGGUGCCUUCUGGCUGGCCUCUGCCUUCUGCAUCUUCAGUGUCCUUUUCACAUUGGCCUGUGUCCCUGAAACCAAAGGAAAGACUUUGGAGCAAAUCACAGCUCAUUUUGAAGGGCGAUGACAGCCUCUUCCCAUGAGUGGCUACCCCUCCUAGCUGGACUGGCUCUGGGCCUCGGAGGGGCUGGGACCUGCCCGUGACUCCAAACUGAGCCUCAGCUGGAGCCUGGAACCCCUGCCUGUCCCCAGGGAGCCAGGAUCCAGGACUGCAGCACAUUGGAGCCUUGUCCUCUGGGGUCCCUCCUUCCUGCCCAGUUCUCCCCAGCCCAGGGAAGCACAGGGUUGAGGGUCCCAGCCCCGCGGUCCAGUUCCUCUGCUGCCCUGCAGCUCGGGAGCAAGCGUGUUGCUGUCCGGCAGCCAGUCCUCCACGCACUGUCUCUGUCAUGACACGAAAGUGACAGCAGAGAAGGGGGGCUCUUGGUUGCUCGUUUUCUGGAGAAGAUGCUUUUGGAGGCUGGGUGAUGGCCCAUGGUUUAUCCUCAAGUGGCUGCAUUGUCAGGAAGGAAUUUUGCCUAAUAAAGAUUUGACUCAAAA